AUGUCGAAGUUUCCUUCCUUCACCAAAACAUGGCAUCACUCGCCUUACGCUGCGAUCGAUCCUCUGCAGCCUUCUCUAUCGGCUCACGGAAAGACUGUUUUCAUUACUGGCGGUGCAACUGGAAUUGGCAAAGCAACAGCUAUCGCCUUUGCAGUGGCCAAGGUACGCGCUGUCGUUAUCACAGGGCGGACCAAAUCCACACUUGACGGCGCGAAGGUCGAGAUUGAGGAAGCAGCCAAGACUAGGGGUAGCGCCGACUUCCAGUGCCUUGUAUUUCAAGCCGACGUGGCAUCUGCGGAGGCCAUGGAUAAUGCUUUUUCCCAGUCCGUUGGAAAGUUGGGCCGAAUUGAUGUUCUCGUCUCCAACGCAGGGUAUCUGGAUCUUCACUCUCUCCUUGCGGAAUCAGAGCUUGGAGACUAUUGGCAAUGCUUCGAGACGAACGUCAAAGGCGCUCUCGUUGUCAUCAAGGCAUUCUUAAAGACCCGUCCACCAGCACAAGUGCCCUCGGUGGGACCACACAACUCGUCAGCUUCCAAGCCCGUCAUCAUCAACAUCUCGACUGGUGCUGCACACCUGCCUCCACCACUGAUACCUACAUUCUCCGCCUACGCCGCCUCGAAACUUGCCGCUCUGCACAUCUUCUGCUUCCUCCAAGCCGAACAUCCCGAUGACCUCGCCGUGUUCAACCUACAGCCUGGUGAAAUCCCGACCGCAAUGGCGAGAAAAGGACAGCGAGUCAUGGCGAAGGAUGAUGUGCGGUUACCAGCGUCCUGGUGCGUUUGGGCUGCCGCUAAAGCGGAGACUGAUGCGAAUUUCCUCACAGGAAGAUUAAUUUGGGGUAACUGGGAUGUUGAGGAGUUGUGUGAGAAGAGGGAGGAGGUCGAAAGAGGGGAUCUCUUGAGGAUGGAGUUAAAGGGCUGGGGUGAAGAGUUUGUAGAGAGAUAUGUCGACUGA